GCGUAAACCAACUCGUGAAACUUGAUAAGCUGCGGAAUUAGCAAACAUUUUUACCGUGGUGUUAUGAUUAGUUUUUGAUGUUGGGACAGCAUCUCAGCACAUCGUUUAACCAGUUGACAGUGACAAAUAUAUGGGAAAUCAGGAGUCGGCGCUGUCAGUCCUUUCACGAGAGGAGCUGAAUGAGUUGAUGAACCUAACCCCGUUUAAUCAACGUGAACUGGAGAAGUUGUUAUCACGCUAUGCUAGUUUCGACACCUCUGAGAGAGGAACUAAUGGUAUCUUGUAUCAAGAUGUUCUGUCCAUCCCAGAAUUUUCUGGAAACAAGUUUGCUCCUCAUGUAAUAAUGAACUCUGUGGAUGACGACAAUCGGAUCUACCCGAAACAGUUUCUUAUGAUCUGUGCACUGUUCAGUACACGCACUUCACCCAGUGUGAAGAAAGACUCAAUGUUUCAACUGUUUGAUGAGUACAACACGGGUGUGUUCACACAUGAUGAAAUGUUCCGCAUCUACAAGAUCCUGUUUGACCGGGCCCUGUCGGAUGACCACAUCCUUGAUCUCACUUUCAAGGCUCUCCGACACCCAGACCUUGCACGACAAGGCCAGAUAACCAAAGAGGAGUUUAUCAAGAUGAUUCCUGACAAUGAAAUAAUGGCCAGACUUUCAAUAGAUUUUGAGCUGUCGAGAUGAUAAAGAUAUAGUCACGGUGUUUUAGAUUUUGAGCUGUCGAGAUGAUAAUGAUAUAGUCACAGUGUUCUAGAUUCCUAGUCUAAAAUUCAUAACCUCGCUGACAUUGAUUCAAGACAUUUCGUGUUAGUUCACAUUUUAACUUCAAAAUCUGAGACUUCUGUGAUAUGGGGUGACUACUGAGGUCAGUUUUACAAUUGCAAUAGUAUUGUGAAUUCUUAAAUUGCUUGAUAACAGUAAUAUGAAUAGAGAUUUCUCAAAACCAUUUAUCUCAGCCUUCUCAGUAUGUGUGUGUGCGCGCGCGCGUGUGCGCAUAUGUAUUUACGUAUGUUUGUGUUUGUAUGUAUGUAUGUAUGUCUGUGUUUGAACUUAGUUAUUUGUAAUACUGUCACUAGGUAGUGAAAUCAUGUAUUGGUCGUAGACCAUAUUUCACUAUGCAUACUAUCAAAACUAUUGGUAGUUGAGCAAACAAUUGCAAUAGUUGAAUUAACUAUCGGUACAUUGCUAUCAAGGCACUGACUAUCGCAACAUAUCGAUAGUUUGAUGUAUUGUUACACCACUAUCUGUAAUAUGGUGAUAAAUAUUUAUGGAAUUUAAGCAGUUGUGCUAUUAGACCGAAUAUUUCUGUCUCUGUGAAGCUUUAUUUCAUGUUUUAUAUUUAUUUUUUAAUGAUUGUCUAUUUUAUAUAUUUAUGUGACACCCAAUAGCCGAGGUGUAUUUUUGUGCUGGAGAGUCGUUAAACAUUCAUUCAUUAAUUUUAUAUUAUGUAUAUCUUAUGUUCAAUGUCUUUUACAUAUGAUAUAAAUAUAAAAUAGGCAAAUCAUUAAAAAAUAAAUAUAAAACAUGGAAUAAAUUAAAAGCUUUACAAAGACCUCGGUCUACUGUGCUAUGACUGGUAGUAAUAUGUGUCUUUGUGCAAAUGUGCAUUGUUACCAAAAAACAUUCUUUUUAAAUACUGGAAUACCUCAUUUUCCUGCAGAUAAAUUAAAUAAAAGUGUACCACACCUUUA